AUGGCGUUUCACCCUAAACAUUUUCUUGAUGAAUACCCAUUCAUAAUUAGAGAUGGCGUUUGCGAUCUUUGUGGAAAUAUGGUUUAUAUUGAGUCUAGUGCUUGUUAUUGUCCUACAUGUAAAUCCAGUUUCCACAAAGAUUGUCUCACAAUAACGUAUCCAAAGAUUCAUGAGCAUACACUCACUUUCAUUCAUAGAGAAAAUCAUUUCGUUUGUGAUGCUUGUGGAUCCAUCCAUCCUGAUAUGAUUAAUAUGUUCGGAUGUUUACAAUGCAAUUUCUUUAUCCACAAAAAAUGUAUCUUCUUACCAAAGGCAAUUAAACUCACUCGUCAUCCACAUCGUCUUUCUCAUACUUUUUGUAUCUCUGAUGGAAAGCAGCAUUGUGGAGUUUGUCACAAAAUUCUCAAUAAGUGUUACGGAGGAUAUACUUGCAUUAACAAGGUAUGUAAGUAUGUUAUCCAUUCAAAUUGUGCAACAGAUAGCCAGGUGUGGGAUGGCAAAGAUAUUGAAGGAGAACCUGAAGAGCUGGUUAAGUCUGGAUUCGAUCUUGCAUCUUUGACAGAGAUAAAUGGUAGAAUGAUGCGCCAUUUUAGCCAUGACCAUGACCUAAUGAAUCUCUCUGUUGACGUUGAGGGCGAAAGUGAUCAAAUAUGUCAAGCAUGUAUCCUUCCAAUUGAUUAUGGUAAAUUGUUGGCUUGCAAACUAUGUGAAUUUUUCCUCCACGACACAUGUGCACAUCUUCCUCGGAAGAUGGAACACUUGCUACAUCGUCAUCCGCUAACUCUACAAGUCUACGACCUUAAUAUGGAAAAGGGUUUCUUUACUUGCUCCACUUGCAAUCGAGACUCGUGUGGUUUUAUGUAUCAGUGUUGCCAAGGGGAUUGCGUGUUUCAAAUUGAUGUAAGAUGUGCUUCUUUGGUUGAGCCUUUUAUACAUUCAGUUCACCCACAUCCUCUCUUUCUGAGACAAAGAAAUGAUCCUCUCUUUCUGAGACAAAAUAAUGAUCUUCUCUUUCAGAGACAAAACUGUGAUGGUUGCCAUGGAUAUUCGAGAAGUUUCGUAGAUUGUCGCACAUGCUACUUUGUAUUGGAUCUAACAUGCCUAACUUUACCUAAAUUGAUAAAACACAAGUACGACCUUCAUCCACUCACCCUAGGCCAUCAUACAAUGUUGCAAGAGGAAUUUCACAUGAUAUGUGAUAUAUGCGAAAAAGUUAUAAGCAAAGACAAGUUGUUAUACUCUUGCCAUCAUUGCCUAUUCACUCUACAUGUUGAAUGCACCAUAGGGAAAAAUCCUUAUUUGAAAUCUGGCCAUUGGAUCAAAAAGUAUGGUCUUGAGAUUAACAUUUCAUCAAAUAAUGGUCCUUCUCGGCCAACUUGCCGUACAUGCCAGCAUGUUUGUCAAGACAAAUUGGUCUUUAAAAAACAAGAUGUAUGCUUCUGUUCGAAAGAAUGUAUUCUGUGA